AUGAGGUUGGUCCAGAGAUGCCGGUCCCCUUCUUCCUCCCUCUCCUCUUCCUCCUCCUCCUCCCCUGGGGCGGCGGUGGGGGCGGGGGGCGGUGAGAAGCAGGGACUGGCCCCCCCUGGGAAGAAUCCCUUCGUACACGACCUGCGCUUCACACCGUUGCAGAAAGUCCAGAUUGCCUUCAUGACUUUGACCCUGUUUCCAAUCCGACUUUUAUUCGCUGCAUUUAUGAUGUUAUUGGCCUGGCCAUUUGCGUUUGUUGCUUCUUUGGGAUCUGCUGAGAAAGAACUUGAAAAGCCCCUGGCUUUAUGGAGAAAGGUAGUGGACUUUCUGUUGAAAGCCAUCAUGCGGACAAUGUGGUUUGUUGGUGGAUUUCACUGGGUAACCGUAAAGGGCAGACAGGCCUUACCAACGGAAGCGGCGAUCCUGACUCUAGCCCCACAUUCCUCCUACUUUGACGCCAUUCCUGUAACGAUGACCAUGUCUUCUAUUGUGAUGAAGGCAGAAAGCAGAAACAUUCCAAUAUGGGGAACUCUGAUAAAAUAUAUACGACCAGUAUUUGUAUCCCGAUCUGACCAGGAUUCUCGAAGAAAAACUGUUGAAGAAAUAAAGAGGCGUGCACAGUCAAAUGGCAAAUGGCCACAGAUAAUGAUAUUCCCAGAAGGAACUUGCACUAACAGGACCUGCCUCAUUACCUUCAAGCCUGGUGCUUUUAUUCCUGGUGUUCCUGUUCAACCUGUAGUUUUACGAUAUCCAAACAAACUGGAUACAAUUACAUGGACAUGGCAAGGUCCUGGAGCGUUGAAGAUUUUAUGGCUUACCUUAUGCCAAUUUCAUAAUUUUGUGGAAAUUGAGUUUCUUCCAGUAUAUACACCUUCAGAAGAAGAAAAGAAAAAUCCAGCAUUGUAUGCAAAUAAUGUGAGAAGCAUAAUGGCAAAGGCCUUGGGAGUUUCUGUAACAGAUUACACAUUUGAAGACUGCCAGCUGGCAUUGGCUGAAGGACAACUUCGUCUCCCUUCAAACACCUGCCUUUUAGAAUUUGCCAAGCUUGUGAGAAGCCUUGGGUUAAAACCAGAAAAACUUGAAAAAGAUCUGGAUAGAUACUCAGAAAGUGCCAAGAUGAAGAACGGAGAAAAAAUUAAUCUUUCAGAAUUUGCUGAAUACAUGGAAGUCCCAGUUUCUGAUACAUUGGGUGACAUGUUUGCUUUGUUUGAUGAGGAUGAAAGUGGUAAAAUUGACUUACGGGAAUAUGUAAUUGCUUUAUCUGUAGUAUGUAGACCAUCCAAGACUUUGGAAACAAUUCAGCUGGCUUUUAAGAUGUAUGAAUCCCAGGAAGAUGGAAGCAUAAAAGCAGAGGACUUGGCUUGUAUUCUGAAGACCGCCAUAGGUGUUUCAGAGCUUAAUGUAACUGAACUUUUUAGAGCUAUAGAUGAGGAAGAAAAAGAAAAGAUCACAUUUGCUGACUUCAGCAGGUUUGCAGAAGUGUACCCAGACUUUGCAGAAGAAUAUUUAUAUCCAGACCAAGCAAGUUUUGAAAGCUGUGUUCAGACGCCCUCUGCUCCAACUCCAAAUGGUUUCUGUACUGACUUCAGCCCUGACAAUAUUGAAGAUGAGAGGAAUCCCUUUCAGAAGAAAUUGAACUAA